GUUGUUUUCACCGGGCCAGCCUUUUUACUCCGGUCUCUCCACCAGUCCACCUACUCUUCUUCCUCUUUCGUCCUGUCUUCUUUCUUGAUUCUCUUUUUCCUCCUUGCUUCAAUUCCUAUUCCUAGUUUUCCUUCCCAAUUAUCCAUCUCCAACAUCACUUCACCAUGGUUAAGGUUGAUCAGAAGGUCGCUUUGAUCGUCAUCGAUGGCUGGGGUGUCGCCGGGCCCGACUCCCGCAAGGACGGUGAUGCCAUCCUCGCCGCUGAGACCCCCUUCAUGUCUGGCUUCGCUGAGGCCGACUCCAAGACUGCCCAAGGUUACACCGAGCUGGAUGCCUCGUCCCUCGCCGUCGGAUUGCCCGAGGGACUCAUGGGCAACAGCGAGGUUGGCCACUUGAACAUCGGUGCUGGCCGUGUUGUCUGGCAGGACAGCGUCCGCAUCGACCAGACCCUGAAGAAGGGUGAGCUCAACAAGAUCGACAACGUUGUCGCCUCCUUCAAGCGGGCUAAGGAGGGCAACGGCCGUCUGCACCUGUUGGGUCUGGUCUCGGACGGUGGUGUCCACUCCAACAUCACUCACCUGGUUGGUCUGCUGAAGGUUGCUAAGGAGUUGGAGAUCCCCCAAGUCUUCAUCCACUUCUUCGGUGAUGGACGUGAUACCGACCCCAAGAGUGCCGCCAAGUACAUGCAGCAAUUGCUUGACCAUACUAAGGAAAUUGGCAUCGGUGAGAUCGCUACCGUCGUUGGCCGCUACUGGGCCAUGGACCGCGACAAGCGCUGGGACCGUGUCGAGAUCGCCAUGAAGGGUAUCGUCACUGGCGAGGGUGAGGACAGCGAGGAUCCCGUCAAGACGAUCAACGAGCGCUAUGAGAAGAAGGAGACCGACGAGUUCCUCAAGCCUAUCAUUGUCGGCGGCAAGGACAGACGUGUCCAGGACAACGACACCCUGUUCUUCUUCAACUACCGCUCUGACCGUGUUCGUGAGAUCACUCAGCUGCUGGGUGACUACGACCGCUCCCCCAAGGCCGACUUCCCUUACCCCAAGGACAUCCACAUCACCACCAUGACCCAGUACAAGACCGAUUACACCUUCCCCGUUGCUUUCUCCCCUCAGCACAUGGGUAAUGUGCUGGCGGAGUGGCUCAGCAAGAAGGACCUCAAGCAGUGCCACGUUGCCGAGACCGAGAAGUAUGCCCACGUCACUUUCUUCUUCAACGGUGGUAUCGAGAAGCAGUUCGACGGCGAGGUGCGUGACAUGAUCCCCUCGCCCAAGGUUGCCACCUACGACCUGGACCCCAAGAUGAGCGCCAAGGAGGUUGGUGAGAAGAUGGCCGAGCGCCUUGGUGAGGGCAAGUUCGAGUUCGUCAUGAACAACUUCGCUCCCCCCGACAUGGUCGGCCACACCGGUGUCUAUGAAGCUGCCAUCGAGGGUGUUUCUGCCACCGACAAGGCUAUCGGUGUCAUUUACGAGGCCUGCAAGAAGAACAACUACAUUCUGUUCAUCACCGCUGACCAUGGAAACGCCGAGGAGAUGCUUAACGAGAAGGGCACCCCUAAGACCUCCCACACCCUCAACAAGGUUCCUUUCGUCAUGGCCAACGCCCCCGAGGGUUGGAGCCUCAAGAAGGAGGAUGGUGUCCUCGGUGACGUCGCCCCCACCAUCCUGGCUGCCUUGGGCGUUGAGCAGCCCGAGGAGAUGUCCGGACGCAGUCUUUUGGUUAAGGCAUAGAUUUAGUGUAUAGACUAUAGUUCAGGUUUCUAGAUACGGCGAUUUAUGAAGCGAUGAAUAUUAAUGGAGCGCCCGAAGGGCAUCAAGUGAAU